CGGUUUUCCCGCCAAAAUUACUKUACUAGCAAUGGAGGGGCUUUCAAAAUGGCUGCCAAUGAUUUGACAAUAAGUAACCCCAAGAGUCCAAGUAGCAAGCGAAAGGCAGAAGAAAUCAGGGUAAAUGAAAAYGAAGAAGCAUCUACCGAGGAUUUUUUAUGUCCAAUAUGUCUUCAACUUCUAAUCGAACCGGUUGUAMUGCCAUGUCAACACGAACUCUGUAAACUCUGCUUYACACAAAAYGUCCAAGAAGCAAACUUGCAAUGCCCAAUUUGUCGYAUGAGAAUUUCAAGYUGGGCUCGAAAACAAGCCCGUAAUGGAACUCUUAUUUGUCAAGAACGCUGGGACCUUAUUAAAAGGCUUUUUCCCAAGAAAUGUGAGCGAAGAAUGGCAGGAGAAGAUGACGACUGCGAAGAAUACAUUUGCAGGAGACCUCUCAAACGGGUUCUUUCAGAAAAUGGAGCAAUUCGGAGUGAAUAUGAGGAAGAAAUGAAAAAGAUACGUAAAGCAAGAGAAGAAGAAAUAAGAGCCAGUGAAGAGCUUAUCCAUAGACUUAUGGAAGAAGAAGAAAUUGUAGACACCMAGAUGCAGCAAAUGAUUGACAGCGAYGAAGAAUURGCAAAGAAAUUACAACAACAGAUUCAAUCUCCAAUUCAGACACCUUUAAAGCAAGCAUGCAGUAAAACUGUUGUCAAUAAAGGGAAAACCAAGAACAAGACUACACAUGGAAGUCAUACACUG